CUUUCAUCUGUGCGUAAGUUUUUUUUUUCUCCCAGCCAAAUUGAAUCCGACGGAACAAUAUCCACCACCAAACCACCGCCGACGAACCGCGACCACUCUCCUCCUUCUCCAUCCAUCACCGCCGCCGCGAUUACUCUCCUCCUUCUUCAGUUUUGAAAGCUAUCUCCAUCUCUCUCCACAAACCCUAAUUGCUGUAACUUGUAAGGGUAUAUCACCUUGUUCACUGUACCUGCUGUCUCCUACUUAUCGCAUAGUCGCUAAGGGAAUGGUACACAACAUCUUGGGAGAUAAACUUCACCAUAAGCCACUCCCUGUUGGCUAUUUGAAAGUUUCAAUUGAUAUUGCUUUUGAAAAGGAUGCAGAGUUGCCCAUACCUGAUGAUGAUGCUGAUAUAAGGUUGGUUGGAGAUGCAAUAGGAACAUAUGUGGCAUGGAAAAGAAACCUCAUUUCCCUUAAUCUUGAGACUCCUGCAACAUAUAAAGGCAAUGGUAAUGAUGGGAUUAGGAGGGGUGACGAGUCGGCCACAUCAAAAAAACAGAUUCAAAUACAAAAAUUGCAUGAAAGUACUAAAAUCAUGAAGAAUAAACCAAGAAAUAUGUCUCCAGUACAAAAGUUGAAAGAAGUCACUAAUAAGGGUGGACAUAGAAAUAUUCAAAUCACAAAACCAAAACAAGAUGCAAAAACCAAACAUCAAAAGUCUUACUCUACAAAUUGUCGUCCAUCGUGGGUGUUUGCUCUUAAAUCACUGGUGGCAGUGCAAAUGAUGGAAAACACAGAUAUGCGUCAGAUAACUAUGGAGGAAAGUAUUUUUGGUGAAGAACAGUAUCAUGAAAACAUUACCAAAGAACAAAUGCAUGAGUUUUUUGAAAGUACAGAAAUAGGUGUCUCUGUUAUCUGCAUAUAUAUCAGGUACUUGUAUGAAAAAUUUGUGCGCGACACUGAUUUCUCAAGGAAAUACUCCUUCUUAUCCCCCCAUCGAAUAUCAUUGGUGUUAAUUGAAGCAGAACAAGAAUUGGUCAAAGAAUACAUGGUUAAGGAAUUCUUGAAAUAUAAAGAUGAGCACAAGUUAUUUAUUCUACCAUUUUAUGUACAUAAGCCUAUUGCACAUUGGCUGUUAGUUGUCAUUGAUCCCAUAUCGGAAAUCAUAUAUUAUUUGGAUCCAUUACUCAAUGACUAUAUGAAAUACCCAAAAAUGAAGAAUAUGUUUGACACAGUUCUACAGGUAUUUCGCUCUGCAAGGGACGCUCAAGUAUCAAAGAAUAAAUUUAACAACAUAUCAUGGGUCCGAGUACAGUGUCCUCGCCAAGAAAAUGGUAUAGAUUGCGGGUACUUUGUGAUGAGGUUUAUGAAAGAGAUUCUCAUUUCAAAACUAAACGAGAUUCCAAAGCUGUACAUUGAUGAUUUCAAGUGUGUGACAUACUCAAAAGAUAAACUAAGAGAAAUCCAAGAAGAAUGGUGUCAGUUCAUGCUCGACCUAAAAGUUAUAUGAUAUUUUUAUGAUAAGGUGUGGAGGAAAGUAACGAAAAUUGGAAAUGAAUGAUGAUUUGUCUGCUUGUUUUGUAUAAAAAUGUUGAGAAGAUCAAGAAGAUAGAUGAAGACUGCAUGAUACAAUAGAAGAUUUUGAUCGAAGAUUUUGAUCUUUAUGUUAACUAAUUAGUUGUGUAACUCCUAGAGAUCGAUAUCUAUGUUACCAUAUUAGAGGCCAUACAUUUCUGACUUUUAUGCUAUAUGUACAUACAUUUUUUAUGAUAUA